CCUUCUCGAGAUGUACGGAGCUUCAGGUAUCCCCGAGCUCAUCCCGCCCAGUGGGCCGCCCCGGCAGCCCGGUCCGGCCGGACAGUACAACCCGGGACACCCCCAGGUCAACGGCCACGGCAGCGGGCCCAACCCUCAGAGACUCGGGCAGAGAGCACCCAAGCUGGGUCAGAUUGGUCGGUCCAAGAAAGUGGACUUGGGUGAUGAAGACUUGGAUGACAUCAUGAACAACAACGGGCAGUGUCCUGUAUCCUUGUCGCCCAUCUCCUAAACUUCACCAAGAAGUGCCAAAAAAAAUCCCCCGGGACGCCAAAACUCCCUGUCAGUGAUCUUGGCCUUGAUCCUGUCAAGUGUCCUACUGAAGCUUCUGAUGGCUCAACAAGGCACAAAAAUGGCUAAUUUAGCGCCAGCUGAAGCCUAGGCCCUCUUUGUAAAUAGUGUUUAUUUAACUUACCUUUUGGUCAGACUGUGAAUGAAUUGUACUGCAUUGCCCUCUACUCUAUACCUCGGUAGGUACUAGACUAUCAGGACUUGAGAAGGAUUUGAAGAAAGUGUCUAUAUUUUUCAGAGCUUCUUAACAAGGGCUACAUUUCUAAAGUUGCACUGAGCAAAUGGUUUGAUGAAAAGCAGCCUCUCACCAGCCUGUUUUCUGGUAUGGGUUACUGAUUGUCUGCGAGUCGGUCGUGUGAGGGAACACAAGCCUGUAAAUGUGUACCACACAGGUGAAAUGUUAUGCUUAGGUUGUGCAAUGACUAUCAUUCUCUACUCUCACACUGAUGCAAGUGGUGUACUAUUAUCCAGUGGAUGAAAGCUCGCUAUUUACGGGGGAAAAAACUACUGCUAAUUAUUUAUUGUUUAAAAAAACAAGAAGAAACACUUUGUUGUGUUGUUAUGGCUUCUACAUGUUUUUUACUUGUUUCUGAAUGGAUAUUGCUUCAGUCAUCUAUAACUGAGAUGUAUUAUGUUUCCAAAUGGUGCACUUUGUGGGAAUGCCUGUUAUGUGCAGUGACAUGUUGCAGAAUUCAAUGCAUGGAGUCUGUUAAAGCAUCAAAACACGUAACUGGUAUCCCGUUAUCAAGGGCUAUGUAGAAGUAUUCCAGACCAUGUCACCGUUUUGCUCUUUAGAUCAUGCAGAGUCAACAUUUCUCUGAGCUCAUUGUUAGCUUGAGUUGCUGACUCAGCGGGAAAAUAUCAUAAACAAGACAACAACUGACUUAUGGAGGAUUUGUGUGUUUUCAGUGGCAGGGUUUCCCCAGUUGGCCAGACAACUGUGAUGCAAAGAAUGUGUACAGUUCUAAAUGUUUUGAAAAAAUUGCCAAAUGAUAUUUAACGCUACAUCAGAUUGAACUGAUUCAACUUAAUUCUGAUUGGCUUAUCAUGAUGAACAACACCUACUUUGUAUUAGUGUUUAGUUGUAUAGCAGUACAAAGUGCUUGCUUAACUACACCUAAAUGACGUCAUGACAUUGUUCAGGUUCAAGUGGACUGUUUAAAGAUAAAGUCAGCCUCCACCUUAUAAUUACAGUAUGGGAUCAUGGAAAGCAAACAACAGCUUACGAUUAGCUCUCACUGCUGAGACAAUCCUACACUGAUGUGUUUUGGGUCAUCUGGGUUUUUUUAAAAGAUGCACCUAAUGACAUAUUAUUGCUUACAAAGGCUCAUGCUGAUGUCAUGUUACCUUGUUGGCUGUGAAAUUGUUACUACUUUAAUUUUUUUGUUGUGUCAUGAAAGCACUGCGUUUCACAGCUCAUUCUCUGACUCAAAGAUUGUUGUUUGGGUUGUGGUGGCCGUUUGCAUGGAAAUGGUCGACUUUUCUUAAUGCAUCUCGGGAAAUAAAGGAUGAAUCUUUGUGAAA